CGCUAAGUAUCGUGUGCAAAAAGGAUGUUUCGUGCGCAAAAUUGUUUGCUUUUUCAGACGAACGGAACGUGUGCAAAGCAUUUCAAUAGGCAGGUGUGGAGCGAUCAGAACUUCGAACGGUGGAAGUUGAGAGUUGAAUUGAGUUGACACGGUUGAGUAGAGUUGUUGGUUGAGGCGCAGAUCAUCAUGGGAGAUAGAGAAUGCUAUAACUGCCAUCGUACUGGACACAUGGCGCGUGAAUGUCCGGAUGGUGAUAGACGUGGAGGUGGUGGUGGUGGCAGACCUCGUGGUGGCGGUGCUGGUGGCAACAAGUGCUACAACUGUGAUGAGGUUGGUCACAUUGCACGUGAAUGUCCGAGCAAGGACUCCGGGUCCCGAGGUGGCGACAGAGGUGGACCUAGACGUGGUGGUGGUAACAUGGAGUGCUACAACUGCGGGGAACAGGGACACAUCUCACGCGAGUGUGACAAAGAACGAAAGCCAAGAGAUGGUGGCAGGCGUGGAGGUGGAGACAUAGAGUGCUACAACUGUCAUGAGACUGGUCACAUCUCUAGAGAUUGUCCCUCGUCCUCUGGUGGUGGCGGUGGUGGUCGUCGAGAGGGAGGCAGCUACGGUGGUCGGGAUGGUGGUGGUCGUCGACCUCCUGGCAAGUGCUACGAGUGUGGUGAGGAGGGACACCUUGCCCGCGAUUGCCCGGAGAGGGCAUAGAGAUAGCAGCGUUCAAUGCCAUGCCUUUUGAUAUCAGACUUGAAGCAUGAUCAGCUGUGAACCAUGGUUGUUGUAUGUGAUGUAUGGAAGACAUAAUUUUAAUAGUACUUGCUUAUGCUGUCAGUUGCUUCAACAGAGAGUAAAUGACACUCUAAUUAUUUCCAUCGGUGUUUCUGAUGUCAAUAAUUUUCAGCGGGCGAAUUUGCUCAUAAUAAAUCAUGGUUUAUGAGAUGUCUAAGUAAUAUUUCUGUGUAAAAUUGGUUUAUUUAAAAAAAUCAGAAGAGCAUUUAAAAAAAAGUUGAUAGCUAAAUCUGUGUAGACUGGUGCAUAAAUGAGUAUCAUGACAUGACAUCUCGUCAAAUUGGUUAAAUGAUGAACACAUCUUAAGAUGGGCACACACAAGUUGAAAUUGAACAAUAAUUAAAUAUUUAAUGAAAACAUUUCUGUGUGAUAGGUAAUUUUCAUUAUAAUGAAGGAAAAGGAAUGUAUUCAUCAAACAGCCAAUUUUGGUGAAGUGUUAUUCAUAAAUUGUCCAUUUAGUUAGGGUUGCAAUGGGCAGUUUUUAACAUACUGCAAGACAAUACUAUAAUAGUGUACUGGACAAGCUAACCCUUAAAACUCCGAAGGUGUAGUUAGGAGGAUUCUAUCAUAGUAACAACUGAUGUGGUUUGGGAACAUUUACUAUGGUAUAACGAGUGUUUCAGGUUGGCAAGGGAUACAUUGGAAGCAGGAAUGUGAAAUAUUUAUAUAAAAAAAUGUUCGUUAUCGUAGGUGGCGUCGUUUGGGAGGUGGUUGGGUAAAGGUAUAAUUGCAAAUGAUUACUCCAGUCACCGUUUCUGAUACUUUGGGGUUUUGGUGAUUAGUUCAAAGUAUCCCAUUUUAUUCAGUAGAUUCAUCUUAUUGAUGGGGCCCAGGAGGUGUUUGACAUCUGUGCCUGAUUAUGUUUGACACGGAAUGCUUAAAUAUAUAAGGUUUAUGCAUUUGGAUAGUCGGGACUUCCGGAAAUCCAAAAAAGCUAUUUAAAACGCUUGGAUGUGGGGAGGUUUGUGGUGUAGGUUGUAUUCUCUAUUUACAGGGGUUGAUUAUAAUGUUAAUAAAGCCCUGUAAUUAGAGCUUGACAUGACUACAGUAAUCUCAUAAAGGCAGCUCGCGUAUUAAAGGAGGUAUUAAGGGAUAUCUGUAUAUAGAAUGUAUGACCUUGGAAUUGUAAUUGUUCUGUUAUAUUUAACAUUUUAUGUGGUUUUUAAAGUAUUAAAUACUAUGUGACAAAAUUUUGUAAUUGUGAAACAUUUAUUUGUAUUUGAUUCGUCUUUUGUACUACAUUUGUUAAAUGUUGGAACAACAUGUGGAGUGUGAAAAUAAUAAAAAGUCGUUAAUUA